GACCCAAGUUUGCCGUGACUCCCUGAAUGGAUGAACAAAGGGGAUAAUGCCUGGCAGCUAACGGCAGCGACGCUCGUCGGCCUACAAAGCAUACCCGGACUAGUCAUCUUAUAUGGUAGCAUGGUAAAGAAGAACUGGGCCAUAAACUCAGCAUUCAUGGCAUUUUAUGCAUUUGCAAUGGUUAUCGUAUGUUGGGUAGGAUGGGGUUACAACAUGUCUUUUGGCGACAAACUUGUUUUUUUCUUAGGAAAACCUGCCGUCGCCUUGGAUGAGAAAUUCUUGCUAGGCCAACCUUUUCUUGGCUACUUUCCAACAGCAACAAUGGUUCUUUUUCAAGGAGUUUUUGCCUGUAUUACACUGAUACUGAUCGCUGGUUGUCUUCUUGGAAGGAUGAAUUUUCGAGCAUGGAUAAUGUUUGUGCCUUUAUGGCUAACGUUUUCUUAUACAGUUUGUGCUUUUAGUAUUUGGUGUCCUGAAGGUUGGCUUGCAAAACUUGGGAUUAUUGAUUUUUCAGGAGGGUUUGUUAUUCACCUUUCUGCUGGUGUUGCUGGUUUCACUGCAGCAUUUUGGGUGGGACCUAGAACCGAGAAGGACAUUGAAAAGUUCCCGCCAAACAACAUGAUUCUGAUGCUUGCAGGCGCAGGCCUCCUUUGGAUGGGGUGGAGUGGAUUCAACGGCGGUGGUCCCUUUGUGGCUAGCGUGGAUGCAUCUCUAUCCGUUCUUAAUACCCACGUGUGUACUGCCACUAGCAUACUUACUUGGCUCUUGUUGGACACUCUCUUCUUCGGGAAACCUUCAAUGUUUGGUGGCGUACAGGGAAUGAUCACCGGUCUUGUUUGCAUCACUCCUGCUGCAGGAGUUGUACAAGGAUGGGCAGCCAUGAUAAUGGGGACAAUAUCAGGAAGCAUUCCAUGGUAUACAAUAAUGAUUCUCCAUAAGAAGGUGAAGCUCCUAACAUUAGUUGACGAUCCCAUGGCCAUCUUCCACACCCACGCCAUUGCCGGCACUCUUGGUGGUAUUCUAACCGGGUUUUUCGCCGUGCCGAAGUUAUGUCGCCUUUUCUAUAUGGUGCCCGACUGGGAAAAAUAUACCGGCUUAGCAUAUGGUCUCCAGAAUGGCAAAACUCAUGCUGGAUUUAGACAAAUGGGAAUUCAAUUGGCAGGCGUCCUUUUUGUUACAUGCUUAAACAUAGUUUCCACUAGCAUAAUUUGUUGGCUCAUUCGACUCAUUGUCCCAUUAAGAUCGUCUAAAGAUGAGUUGCAAGUUGGGGACAAUGCAAUCCAUGGAGAGGAAGCUUUUGCACUGUGGGAAGCAGAAGCAGAAGAAGAAGGAAAGAGGUCUAAGAAUUAUAAGCAUAAUUCAGUUUAUGAUGCAGAAGAAGAGCUAUCCUACGUUCAGUCAAGGUCUGUAGCUGAUGUUUAAAAAUGGUGGGUUCGAUGAUGGCAUUUGCAGCCAAGGACUCUCUAAUUAUUCCCUUUUAUGAAUGCAUAUCAUUCUGCACCAUUACAAUAAUGGAAGUAUGUUAUUAUAACGUUUCCAUUUUUCUCUGACGUGGUUUAAUUUCUCCUGUAAUCUUCUGGAUUUUUUUUUUAAAUCUCUGUGUCAGUAUAUUAGAAGCAGAAAUUCAGUCACUGCUAAAACCUUAA